UAGGUGUGGCUGGCUAACGAUUGGUAGGUGUGGUCUACACACGUGCUGCAAUAUGGACACUAGGAGCUCUUUAGGUGUUAGUUUCAAAGGAUUGAAGCAAAAGGAAGAAGAGGAAGAGAGUGAAAUAGACGAAGAAGAAUUGGAGGGUAUAAACGAGACAAUUUUGGAGAGAUUGGUUGGUCUCUCUGAGAUGGUCCCUGACAGUUGGUGGAGGCUGAGCAAGAACGGGUUCUCAUUCACCUACUGGCUGAUACGUCGCUCUGCUUGGGUCAUUGGUACUUCAAUGGCUUUGCUCUGGUUUCCAGCUUUCAUAGAAACCCAGAGACUAGAAAUGGUAGCUAUGCAAGACCUCCAAACUAAACAGAUAAUGUUGGGACCUGGUCAGAGUCCGCUGCAAGGGCCACCCAGACCGAAAACAUAAUUUUAAAUAAUAGUGCGACGAAAAGACUAAAUUAAUUAUUAUUAGUGUUGUAAUUUAAAUUCAUUUAUUAAUUCAAUAAAAGUGUAGCAAUAA